UGCUUGUUCGCAUUCUGUUUACUACUGUUUGCUGCUGUUUGUUACCGCGGUGAGCAAGAAAUAGAACGAUAUAUCAUAAUUAUAUGCAUAUAAACAAUUAAUAUGCGUAUUUUGUUAUCAGCUAGAUAAGCAUUGAGAUUUUAUCGAACGCUAUAUAUUUUGUGCUGCAAAAGAUAAAGUGCUAAAAGAGAACGCAUCAAACAAAAGUUAGGAUGGCAUCGGUGCAGAAAAUACCUAUUUUUCAGGUAAAGGAAUUGGUGAACUUUUAUAAAUUAAUAGCUGCACAUCCGUCUUUAAAUAACGCACGGAUUCUGGGUACACCAAAUGGCAGAUUGUCCAUACAAGGUACAUGGACGCAGAGAAAUUUGGAAAGAAAAACAGAUCAACGGUUCCUGCAGAAUUAUGAUUUAAACUCAGAUUUGACUUCAGUCUAUGCUGGAUUUUCAAUUGAUGUCACUACAGAGCUUAUGUCCGCUCUAACAAGGGAUGAAGCACGCAAAGCUGUGUUGCGACAAGCUAUAAUUGAUAAAUCUCCCAAGCAAUUUAUAGAAAUCUGGGAUAAGCACCAUUUGGUGAAGAAUUAUGAUUUGUCUGCCUUGGAUGUUCAUGGCGAUGUCUAUACAGAUAUUGAAUUCCGUUCUUUUGAGUGGUCUCCAGACAAUACCAAACUUCUCUACAUAGCAGAAAAGAAACUUCCGAAGUCAGAACCAUUUUAUAAGCAAAAGCCAUUAGACAAGAAAGAUAAGGAAGAGAAUGAGGAUGACAAAGUAACAGUGGGCAAUGAGUAUAUCUAUAAACCACACUGGGGAGAGCAGCUGGUAGGCAAACAUCGACCUGUUGUAGUGGUGCUUGAUACGACAGAGGACACCAUUACAGCUUUGCCUGGAAUACCGGAUGAUCUUUCUCCUGGUCAAGUGAUUUGGACCGAAGAUCAGGAUAUAAUCGGUGUUGUUUGGAAACACGAGCCGCAAUAUUUGGGUCUUACUGCAUGCACCAAUAGAUAUUCCUGGAUAUUCUUAUUGAAAAAUGAAGAAUUUUAUAAAUUGUCCGACGAAGGAUAUGCUGUGCACAGUCCUAGAAUUAGUCUUAACGGAGAGUAUCUCGUCUGGUUACAAAGGGAAGCUGGUGUUGUCCCACAUCAUAACGCACAUGCACUCAUAUUACGGGAUUUAAAAACAAAGAAUAGUAAUAAUAAAACAAUCGUGGAAAUAGCGGUCAAACAGAUUAUUAAUGGUAAACAUUUCUAUGGAAUAUAUGGCCGUUUACCUCGUCGUUGCUGGAGUGAUGGUUCUCAGUACUUAUUUUUCAGCACAACGCAAAGAAACAAUAUUGUUUCUUACAUCUUAAAUAUAAAAACAAAAGAUAUCACAGAAAUAAAUAAUACUCGAAGCAGUCUUUCUAUACUGGAUGUGAAAGAGAAUGUAAUUGCGUUUUUAAGCACUUCUUUAACACAGCCUCACAGUAUUCUGGUGGGUCAUUUCAAGAAUGAAGCAGUUGAUAGUGGCGAUAUCCCCAGGACUGUGAUUACAACUCCAAUGAAAAUCGAUGGUUUCGAAAAAAUUACUUACGAACUUAAUGAACAUAAAUAUGACAGCAACGAGACCAUAAACGAAUUCAAUUAUAUUUACUUUGGUCCAAAAAGUGGUGAAAAUAAAUCCGUACCUUUGAUAGUUGUGCCACACGGAGGUCCUCAUAGCAAUUACACAAAUACAUUUUCGCUGGAUUAUUCCUUGUUCAUAUUAGCAGGUUUUGGAAUAGUACAAGUGAAUUAUCGCGGUUCCACGGGAAUGGGCAGUCAGACUGUAGAGUAUCUUCAAGGAAAAGUAGGAGAUGUAGAUGUGAGGGAUUGUUUAACCGCUACGGUGGAAGCCCUUAAAAAAUAUCCAUGGCUAGAUUCUGAACGCAUCGGUCUUUGUGGCGGAUCUCACGGUGGAUUCUUGGUGGCGCAUCUGAGUGGACAAAUUCCAGAUUUCUUCAAAGCAGUGGUUGCAAGAAAUCCGGUGAUCGAUAUCGCUGUGAUGUUCGGUAUAUCGGACAUUCCAGAUUGGUGCGCCGUAGAAUCCGGUUUUCCUUACAACGUUCUCACCGAUGUUGCCGAGCCGGCAAUUGACAUGUUCGUAAAAAUGAAGAAAUGUUCCCCCAUCAUGUACGUCGAUAGAGUCAAGGCACCUACUUUGAUCAGCAUUGGAACAAAGGAUCUACGAGUACCAUCGUCUCAGGGAACGAUGUGGUACAAUCGACUGAAAUCUAAUAAAGUGAAAACCAAAAUGCUCGUAUACGAUGACAAUCAUCCGCUAUCAACUGGACCAGCUGAGAUUGAUCACAUUAUCAACGAUUGUUUGUGGUUGCUCGAGCAUACAUCUAAGCAUAAGGAAUCCAAAGACAAGGAAUAAACAUUCAUCUUGCAGUAUUUCUUAUACAUAUGUAUAUAUAGAUCUUUAUUAUCACAAAUUGAAUAUUUACACGAUAUUAUUACAUAAUCUUCAUAAAGAGACUUAUAUAACAUUCAAUCUCCAAAAUAUACACACACACGUCUAUAGGAUUUGUAUAUUGUUAUAAAAUUUUUAUACUUUAUAUAUCCGUAUAAAAAUUGUUAUAAAUGUUAUAAAUAUCA